UUCCAGAACCGCAUCGGAAUGAUGGAUGAUUCAGCAAUCUCAAAUAUUCACAGAGUUCAAACGUCUACCCUAACGUUGUGUUUGAAGUUCCUCGAAGCUGAUUAACUGGAAUCUCUGUGCAAUCACCAACGCUUCAGAAUUUACUGGAAUAGUGACACAACUUCGACUGCAGUUAUUGUAAUUGUCGUUCGUUACAAGAAUUGUGUGUCGUGCAAGAGCUUCUACAGCGCCGAACAUGAAUAUCUUAACUUCUGAACUGUCGAACCAAGCCUGUCAACAGGAGUCGUUCAUUGACUUCACGUUUCCGUCAUCAAAAUGCGAAACAUCAGAUACUAUCGCUAAACAAAGAGAAAAAAUUAAGCAAGAACCAGCAACAGAAAAUUCUUCUGAAGAAGUACAUCAAUCGGAAAAAGCUCCACAGAAGAAAUACGUUUGGAAAUUUAUAUUGAAAAACGUAAUUCUGAUGUCUGGACUUCAUAUUAUCAGCAUAUAUACGAUCUUUCGGCUUCCUCAAAUGAAAAUGUUCACAAUCUUAAGUGCCAUUGUAUCUCAUGUACUGGCUCUACUCGGAGUAACUGCGGGAGCACAUCGCUUGUGGACGCACAGAGCAUACAAAGCAAAACUUCCGCUGCGGAUCUUUUUGAUGAUUUUGGAUUGCUUGGCUCUUCAGAAUUCAUUAUUUGAUUGGUGCCGAGAUCACCGAACUCAUCACAAAUAUUCAGAGACGGACGCAGACCCACAUAACGCAUGCCGUGGAUUUUUCUUCAGUCAUAUGGGUUGGUUGCUCAUUCGAAAACAUCCAGACGUUGCAAAGAAAGGACGAACUAUUCAAAUAGAUGAUUUGAUGAAGGAUCCAGUGGUUCGAUUUCAACACAGAUUUUACGUUCCCUUGGCUAUCUCGAUUUGCUUUGUGUUGCCGUCGGUGAUACCGUGGUAUUUUGGUGGAGAGACCAUUUGGAAUGCAUAUUGUAUGGCUGCAUUGCGCUACUGCGUUUCAUUGCACCUAGCAUGGUGCGUUAACAGCGUUGCACAUAUGUAUGGAAAUCGUCCUUACGACAGAAGCAUACACCCUGUUGAAAAUUUAUUUUUGACGUGGAUCGUGUUAGGUGAGGGAUUUCACAAUUAUCAUCAUACAUUUCCUCACGACUAUGCAGCAAGUGAAUACGGAAUGAAACUUAAUCUGGCAACAAUUUUUAUCGAUUUCAUGGCCCUUAUUGGUCAAGCUUAUGACCGUCGAUCGAUGAGCAAAGAAGUUAUUGAAGCCCGUAAACGAAGAACGGGAAUGUAUUCUGACGUUCAAGAAAUAGGAUGGUGAAAAAGACAUUUCCUGUCUUUUGGUGAUUUUGUACAUGCAAUAAUUUUGUUUAGUAGUUCUACAAUGAGAACAUUCCUACAUAUAUAUAUAUAUAUUGUGAUAUAUUGCGUUGUUAGACUGUUCCAAGGGUGCCGCGCUCGAUAACCCGAAUUGGUUUUCGGCGUCUCCUUUCAUCCUGAAGUGCGAUUUUUUUAUUUUCUCUGAAUUUGUGUAUGUAUAGUUUGUAUUUUCAGUAUGGUGAAGAAAUAA